AUGAAGACCAUAGUGUUGUUCGCUCUAUUCGUGCUCGCGGCCGCCGACCUCGAGAACUACACUACUCUGAACGAUCACCUGGACAUGGACGCUCUCGUCGGUAACAUUACCGCAAUGCAAAGCUAUGUGGACUGCUUUCUUGAUAGAAUACCGUGCUCAGAAGUUGCUGCAAGUUAUAAACGUUUAAUGCCAGAAGCUGUGAAACAAGCUUGCUCGCGAUGCAACGCGAAUCAAAAGUACCAAUACGGGCGAUUUCUUGAAGCAGUCAGGGUUCAGCUUCCCAUAGAAUACGACAACUACAGAAAGCACUACGAUCCAGAUAACAAAUACUUCGAUGCCUUGAUAAAGGAAUUAUCUAACUAUACAACCCGUGUUGAU